AUGGCGGCGCGUCCUGCGGAGGUGGUGGUGGAAGAGAGGGAAACGGUGGUGAAUCUCCCGCCGGAAAUCACGGAGGAGGAGGGGCGGCAGCGCGUGACGCUGCGGUUUCUGGAAGGUUCCAGGAAGCCGGGGACGGGAGGAGGAGGAGGAGCGGGGGUCGCGGGUGAUGGAUUCUCGGGAAUGACGGUGAUGCUGCUGCAUGGUCGAUCGUUCGAAGCCAAGACAUGGAAAGACAUCGGCACGAUUGAGCAUCUGGCAGCAGCAGGGCACAGAGUCAUUGCCGUUGACUUGCCAGGUGGCAAGGGUCGCACCAAGGACACGCUCUCCACGCGAGCAGCGCAUGAGGGCUUUAUUGCUGUGCUCUGGCAGCACUUUGAGCUCACCAACCGAUCGGUCCUCGUGUCGCCGUCCCUCAGCGGCCGCUACAGCCUGCCAUUUGUAGCGCAGCAGAGCCAGCUGAAGACCGGGCGGCAGGCCACGGGUGGGCGGCAGUUGGGCGGCUAUGUGCCAGUGGCGCCAGUGAUGGUGGACUCAUACAGCGAUAAGAUAGCGGGUAGCCAGGUGCCAGCAUUGGUGGUGAAUGGGGAGAGGGAUCACCCUGACAGGGCUCAGCACCUUGCAAGCCUGUUUGUCAACCACAAACUGGUGAUUUUUAAAGGUGCGGGCCAUGCAUGUUAUAUGGAGCAACCUGAUUACUUCAAUAACCUCGUGGGGCAAUUCGUGCAACAAUUGACUGUCCCAACAGAAUUUCAGUAA